GCCCGCGCGCGCUCCCGGGCCCGGCGGCGGGCGCGGCGCGGGCGGCAGCAUGGUGGAGAAGCGUUGCCCGCUGCAGAGGGACGGCGUGUACCGCUGGUUCUCCGAACUGCCGUCACCGCAGCGCGUGGAGUUCCUGUGCGGCCUGCUGGACCUGUGCAUCCCGCUCGAGUUGCGCUUCCUCGGCUCGUGCCUGGAGGACCUGGCACGCAAGGACUACCAUUCGCUGCGCGACUCCGAGAUUAAGGCCAACAAUCCGGCGGACCUGGGCAGCCUCACCAACCUGACGGACGAGGUGGUGCGCAGCAAGCUGUUGGUGUCGCUGGCGCUGCUGGGCUCGGAGCAGCGCGAGGCUGCGGGCGUAUUGUACCGCACGCUCACGCACACCGACUCCAUCAUCCACAACUACGGGCUACAGCUCAACGAGGGCCGCACGGGCGAUGAGUUCCUUCUGCUCUUCACCAUGGCCUCCAACCACCCGGCCUUCAGCUUCCACCAGAAGCAGGUGCUGCGCCAGGAGCUCACGCAGAUCCAGAGCAGCCUGAACGGUGGCGGUGGCAGCGGUGGCGGCGGCGGCGGCGGCGGUGGCGGUGGCAAGAGCGCGCCCGGGCCCAGCGGCGCGCUGCCCACCUGCUCGGCCUGUCACAAGAUGGCUCCCAGAACCGAGACCCCCGUCAGCAGCAUCAGCAACAGUCUGGAGAACGCAUUGCAUACGUCAGCACAUUCCACGGAGGAGGCCCUGCCCAAAAGGCCUUUGGGAAAACAUGGCAAAGUGAGUGUUGAAAAGAUAGACCUGAAGGGAUUGUCACACACGAAAAGUGACAGAGGCGUUGAGUGCUCCUUUGAGGUCUUAUGGUCUGAUUCUUCAGUAACUUCAGUAACUAAGUCUUCUUCAGAAGUGACAGAAUUUAUUUCAAAGUUAUCCCAACUCUGCCCUGAAGAGAACUUGGACAAACUCAUUCCUUGCUUGGCUGGCCCAGAUUCCUUCUAUGUGGAGCGCAACCACGUUGAUUUGGAAGCAGGCCUAAGGUUCUUGGCUUCAAUCCCGGCACACACACUGAAGCACGAGCACGUCAGGAAGUUCUUCAGUGCUUCAUCUCCCUCCCAACAGCUCCAAAGUCCAAGUCCUGGCAACCCCUCCCCUCCUAAAGUGGGCGCCAUGAUGGGCGUGUCUGGAAGGCCCGUGUGUGGCGUGGCUGGCAUCCCAUCCUCGCAGAGCAGCACCCAGCACCACCUGCAACACUCGGCCGGUUCAUCCGCUUCCCUGCCCCACUGCUCCCACACAGGAGGUGCAGGCCCAGCGCUGGCGUACCGGACCCAAGUGGACAACUCGCCCUCCAUCCUGAUGCCCUCUGGUCUGCAGGCCCCCCAGCCCCAGGAGCAGAAUGGGAUUUUAGACUGGCUUAGGAAACUGCGUUUGCACAAGUAUUACCCCGUCUUUAAACAGCUUACCAUGGAGAAGUUUCUGAGCCUUACUGAAGAAGAUCUGAAUAAAUUUGAGUCCCUCACCAUGGGAGCAAAGAAAAAGCUCAAGACUCAGUUGGAGCUGGAGAAGGAGAAGUCAGAGAGACGGUGCCUCAACUCCUCAGCCCCAUCCUUGGUCACCAGCAGUGGAGUGGCUCGAGUCACCCCCACCAGCCACGUGGGGCCUGUGCAGCCUGGGCGGAGCAGCCACGCUUCAGAGCUGCGGGUGGAGGUGGAGCCGCCGGCUCACCAGCUGCCCCGAGAAGGCAGCUCCUCCGAGUAUUCCAGUUCCUCCUCUAGCCCCAUGGGUGUGCAGGCUCGAGAGGAGAGCUCGGACAGCGCCGAGGAGAGCGAUAGACGUGUGGACAUCCAUGUUGAGGGCACUGAGAAGGAGAAGCCCGUGAUGCUUCUGGCUCACUUCCCGUCCAGCUCGGCAAGACCCACAGCCCAGGUUCUGCCUGUGCAGAACGAGACCGGCUCCAGCCCUGCGGGCCACCACCCUCUGCCCGCACAGCUCAUGCCUGCAGCUCCACACCUGGCGCCUGUCCGCAUGCUGAACUCGGUGCACAAGUCAGACAGAGGCAGCACGGACGUGAAGCUCCUCUCGUCUUCUGUCCACUCCCUUCUGUCUCUGGAGGAGAGGGGAAAGGGACCUGCUCCUAGAAGUGGCACGAAAGUGGACAAGAGUUUCGGCGGGGCUGUGCUGGACACACUGCCCUCAGCAGCACCUCACCCACCAGUGCAGGGCCUCUCGGGCCUGGUAGAGAACACCUCUGUGUCACCCACUGUCUCCUUUGGUCCCCGGGCCAAAGUUGUGCAUGCAGCCACACUGGACAGGGUGCUGAAGACAGCACAGCAGCCGGCCUUGACUGUGGAGACCAGCUCAGCCGCCACAGGGACACCGAGCACUGUCCUGCACGUGGCCCGGCCGCCCAUCAAGCUGCUGCUGUCGUCCUCUGUUCCUGAUGACACCGCCAUCUCUGGGCAGACUUCUUGUCCCAACAACGGGCAGAUCAGCGUGCCCCCUGCAAUACUGAACCCCCGGAAUGCUCUGUACACAGCCAACACCAAAGUUGCCUUCUCUGCAGUGAGCAGUGUGCCCGUGGGCCCACUGCAGGGCAGCUUCUGCGCCAAUAGCAACACUGCCUCCCCCAGCAGCCACCCCUCCACCUCUUUUGCCAGCAUGGCCACUCUACCCAGCUGCCCAGCCCCCAGCUCCAGCCCUGCCCUCUCUUCUGUCCCCGAAAGCAGCUUCUACAGUGGCGGUGCUGGCAGCAGCUCCCCAGGAAACAUUCCUGCCUCCAGUCAGAGCCACCACCACCACCACCACCAUCAGCAGCCCCCCGCACCCCCCCAGCCCGCACCCCCCCCACCAGGCUGCAUUGUCUGCACGUCCUGUGGGUGCAGUGGCAGCUGUGGCUCCAACGGCCUGACGGUCAGCUACGCCAACUACUUCCAGCACCCAUUCUCGGUGCCGUCCAUGUUCACCUUCCCUUUCCUGCCCUUCAGUCCCAUGUGUGGCAAUGGCUAUGUCAGUACCCAGCAGUACGGUGGUGGCUCUGCCUUCCCUGUGGUACACACAGCCUACAAUGGCAGUGUGACUCCAGACCCUGUCCUAGGUGGGCAGUCCACGUUCGCAGUGCCACCCAUGCAGCACUUCAUGACGGGGACAGCGGGGGUGCACCAAGCCCAAGGCCUGGUGGGCAGCAGCAAUGGCUCCAGUCACAAAAAGAGUGGGAAUUUGUCCUGUUACAACUGUGGGGCCACUGGCCACCGUGCACAGGACUGCAAGCAACCGUCCAUGGACUUCAACCGGCAAGGAACUUUUAGGUUGAAAUACGCCCCUCCAGCAGAAAGUCUGGACUCCACGGACUGAUCCUUUUUUUUUUUUUUUUUGGCAACAGAACAUUUUAUUAAGCCAUGAAAAAUCACAUAGAGAACUGAAGUCAAGUUGCUGUGGAACCAUGGAGACCUAAGGAAAACCACAUAGAGAGCGGAAGUCGAGUUGCUGUGGCGCUUAAUAUUUUUAACCCAAAGGUGCUUUACUUCACUAUACUGGAUAGAGAAUCUAGCGUACAAGUACGUCAAACUCGAUUUCAUUGCCAAAUUCCUAGUUUUGGAGCUUGAUCCAAGGAUUGCCUAGUGGACAUCGCUUUGGCAGUAACAUGGCCGUCAUACCAUUGCUGCAGCAUGAAGACCUGUCUCCUGAAGAUCGAUGAUCCUUCUAGGCUCACACGUAAUUCCAGGGCAGCUAUGCACGACCUGAGUCAAGACUGCAGGUCAGAGUUCUCUCAAGUUCCCCAGUCGGAUCCAGGACCCCUUUUUGGGCUAGGAAGAGCCAGCUGGACUUUGCUGUUUCCUAAAGCGGGAGCCUCGUGUCCGGCUUCUGGAGGAUUGCACUACCUGACAGGGGCCUCUGCAGUCUGGGAGGCAGCCUCUGCUGGGACGGGCCAUGUAGGAGCUCCAUCGGUGGGCAUUGGGGUUGGCACCAGCAGGCUGCUCCGCCAGGUACACCCAGAAACCGAUCGCAGGGUGUUCUGUAGACACUUGGAGCAGUUCCAGGUUUUUAAUAUUUUUUUCUGUAAACAGAUUUACACUAUAUUAGUAAAUAAGACGUAGCUCACUCUCGACAGCUUCAUUCCGAAGGGUCCAAGUCCCAGGGAAUCCAGUCACCGAGGCCUGAGACCAGCCCUCCCAUCGGAGGCUUUGAGCCUGCUCUCUCCAAACAAGAACCAACUCUCGAGGACAUGGGAAUGACUCUGCUUUGUGAGUUGGGUGUGACUGCCGCGCCUCAUUCUUCAGGAAGCUAGCAAGCUAUGUGUGUCUCAGAUGGCUUCCCCAGGACCCCAGCCCCAGAGCUCACUGCUGAUGAAUUCACACUUGACACAGACAUCAGCAGUAAUACAGUUCUGUGAUUUCAUGAACAAAGACUGGAAACUGUCGGCUUCUUUUGUAUAGGCUGUGUGUUGAUUGUUAAUUCCGUUAAAAUUGCCUGGAAAACUUCAGUAGAGAGACGCAAGACUCCUCGAAACCGCUCACCAGUUACCUACCAGACCAGGGGUGGGGGUGGGUCCUCACUCCUCAACAGGGUGUGAACGUUUCAACCCACACAGCGGAGGCAUAAGGGACUUAGACCUCCGAGGUUAAAGGGAAUUUUAUGCUCAGAUAACAUUAUUUAUAAUGCUAAAGCCUUCGGUAUUAAAAAUCGAUGGUAAGAUCUUGCCAAGGAUUUUCCAGCUUCCUAUUUACAGAGAAGAAGAAUCACAGUACUUAAACCAUUCUUCAGAUGGGACAAUCACCCUUAUGCAGAAUUAGUGUAAAUCUAAAUACCCUAGAACUGGAGGCGUUGUGACAUAAGGCUUCAUGCUCUCAGAUGGGCUUUGUGUCUGUGGAGACCCACGGAAGGCUUGAGUGGUGUGGAUUCUAUGCAAUGCAGGACCGAUAGACCUGUUCUGUCCAUGGCACACAGGAUCCUCUGUUCUGAGGUGAUGGUGAUGAGGCAUUAGGGGAUGCUCUGUUGAUCUCUCACUCAGAAACACUACAAAUGUCAACACAAGAACUGACACAACUUUGCCUUAAAGAGCACCAGACUGGGAUUGGUCGCAUUGUGUUAAUAAGGAAGACCUAGAGUGUUCACUGAUGUUUACGAUUUUAAUAUUUCUGAAGGCCAUCACAGUGGCCUGGGUAUGUGCUGAAAGCCAAACUUUUAAAUUUUUUGGUUUUUUUUUAAACAAAGAAAUAUUUUAAAUAAAUCCUAUUUCAACACAGUUGUUGUUGAAAACUGUCUCAUAACAAAAGAAAAAAUCAUAUUUAAGUUUUCUGUUCUGUGGUCAGUAUAGGGAAUGCAGUGUUUUACGGCUGUUGAUCUGCUGUGGCAAUUCCACGUUACCUUGUGGCAUUGAGGAGGUGAGCGAGCUCCAGCACCAUUCAUUGCAGCUGUCCAGGCAGCAGAUGUCUGUGUCUGGAAGCCGCCGGCUGCCUUUGGAAGAGCAUUGUGGUGUGGCAUCUCUGUGAAGCCGGCUGGUGAGGAGGAGCGAGGAGCGCGUGCAGCCUGGCCCGCAGGCACCUCCUCACCAGACUUCAUCGUUACACACCUAACAGACCAGCCCUUUCCUGUCAUUUCUCUAAAACUGCUCAGUCAGGUGCAGUGGUGCCCAGGUGCGAUGGCCCCAGACUCAUGUCAGAUUCUAGCCCUGUGUUAACAUCUCGGGUACAAAGUGGGAUAUUCAGACAGGAAGGAGGGCACAGUGUUGGGACAAAACAGCUAUGUGACCUUUUUGUUGUUGUAGCAAAAUACUCCGUUUUUUACCUUCCUUUCCAGUUUUUAUUUCACGGUCAGUAGUGAAAAUUGGAAAGUGUUUUAAUGCUGAAAACUCCUAACUGCUGAAGGGCACCGGGGGAUGGGAUCUAGCGCUCGCAGUGAAGACAGUUGUUGAGUGUAUGUGGCUGGGUAUCCGGAAACCAGCGGCAGGCACACUCCUCUCUAAAGAUGGCAGCAGCUGGCCUGUUACACAGUACUCAGCAGUUCCCGUGUGGGACUCAUUAGGCUUCCAGUCAUUUCUGCAGGUCAGCCUCGCUUGUACCACAUGCACGUGUGCCAUGACAGUCCCGUGAGGACAGCCCAAUGGGAAUUGGGUCUCACCCUCCUCACCCCGUCCCUGUUUCUCUGCGUCUGGCAUUUGGUCUGACGUGCUAGUUUUACAGCCGGCUAAUGGGUGGCAUCACUUGCCGAAGUCUUAAAAGGUUGCAGGGACUUGGUCUAUCUGUUCAACCUCAUCCCCAAGGAGUCUUGGGGAACUUGAGCAGGGGGACAGCUGUCCUUUCCAAAGUACAGGUGACUCCUGUAGAGCCAAUCAGGUGGCCCAAGAAACCAUCAGUCCAGAGAUGGGACUGACCGCUGCCCCGUCCCAGGGUUUCUCUGAAAAGGCAGGCACCUGUAGUCUACACUUGGCAAUACUUCAGCAAACCACAUACUGUACUGGCAGGGCCAGGGCCAGGGCACUGCGCUGCCACAGGGGGCAGUGGCCCCGCCUCCAGGUCAGUUCUCACGCACACAGGUGUUGGUACCAGGACUGAAACCUUCAGAUUCUAUUGGGCAUAUUUUCUUGUUAGGAAUGAAGGACAAUUCUCCCAUUUUUGAGCCAUUCUUUUGUCAAUUCUACAAAAUUGCAUGUAACUUUAUAAAUAUUUUUAAAAGAUAUAGUUUUGUAAAUAUUUAAUAUUCUGCUAAUUUGAUUUUGAAUUGUAAAUGUCAAGUAUUGUUUUUGGGGUUUUUAUGUUUUAUUAUACUUUGUUAAAAGGAAAAAUUGUACAUUUUUAGACUGUUUUUAUGAGUAAAUUUAAUGUACGGAAAAUAAAAAUUUAAAAAAACUCAAAAGUA